AUGUGCGGGCCGGGCAAGAAACUUGUUUUUAAUUCCUCACUAGUGUGUUCGGCUGUAGAGUAGCUGCUUUCUCUGCUAUUUCUGCUCUUCCACUUCACUCUUCUUUACUUCCACCACUAUUCGCUUUGAAAAGGCAAAAUCGAUCUACGAUUCUACGUUGCAGGUUCAGCUCCCUUUCCUCUUAAACCUUUCAUGUCCUUCGCAUUUUCUCUCCCGACGCUUCUUUCCUGCUGAGAUGGUUAGGGUUUCAGUGUCUCCCUUAAGCUUCCCUCCAUUUGCACACUUUUUUUGACUCUUUGAUGUGGAUGAGAAAAGGGCUCUCUCCAGUCUCCACGAAGAGACCCGUCUCUAGGUGGAGGAGUAAACUACCGUUUUCUGAUCUAGUACCCCUCAUCAUCCUCCUUUCUUUUUUCGAAUCUGUGACGAUUUGAGCUUCUGACGUAUUAUUGUGAGAUCGACGGUUUCUGGAAAUAUUGCUUUUGCUUUACUGUGCUUGUCUGCAAGUCCGAGUUUGAAACGUGAAGAUUGUGGUUCGAACUUCCAAUAAAGGAGCUCUCCUGGGUGCCACUCGGUAGUUUUGACUUGCAGUUUUUGCGGGGAAGAAACUGAUAAAGUGCUCCUACUUUAGCAGUCCUCUCUUUUGUCUGGGCACACUGUUCUGCGGUUACGAGUUCGGGAUCGAGGUAGAUAGCAAAAUUUUCCGCGUUGAAGCUCUUCCUUGAGUUAUUCUCCUCUACGGUAGCUUGGAUUUUCGGGGAUUUAUAGGUUGGAAUCUUCUUGUUUGUUCAACCUUAAAAGCUCGCGACGAGUAUUCUUCUUUUGAGGUUUUAGUUCUGCGAUUGUAAGGUCGAAGUUGCAAGAUAUUAACUCCUGAUUUGAACGCCAUUAAUGAAAAAAGUGAACCACUUCCCCAAAGAGGAAUGAGAUGGUUUUGUUCAAAGUGACAGCAUCAGGAAGUUCCAGAAAAUCGCAACGUGCAGGCAUCUUCUCGACUAAAAAGAAAGGUUUCAGACAAGACAAACAGCGGAGUUUACAGAAGCUAGUUUGAGCUUUUUGGUCGUAAUUUCGUAAAUACGGUGACAGUUUAAUCCUUAGAAAAGGUCUUUUUGUGUGUCUCUUUUAUCAAAUCCGCUUAAGUUCUUACUCAACGUGCGUUUUUUCGCCCGUUUUUUCUCAAAGACGGAGUUGGCGAGAGAAUCUUAAGCAAAAUAACUUGCAGAAAAGGGCGCUCAGAGCUUCUACUUCUGUCUCUUUCUUCUGCAAAGCGGACUUUGCAGUCUUGUGGAGUAAAAAAUGGCAAUGGCCGUGGUUCCGCAUAGGGAGAGCAGCAAUAGUAGCAUCAAUAAGCAUCUCGAUAACGGAAAAUAUGUACGUUACACCGCCGAGCAGGUCGAAGCUCUAGAACGAGUAUACGCGGAGUGCCCCAAGCCGAGUUCGAUGCGACGGCAGCAGCUGAUCCGCGAGUGCCCCAUCUUGUCCAACAUCGAACCCAAGCAGAUCAAAGUCUGGUUUCAGAAUCGCAGGUGCCGAGAGAAGCAAAGAAAAGAGGCUUCUCGACUCCAAACUGUGAACAGGAAGUUAACUGCCAUGAACAAGCUGUUGAUGGAGGAGAAUGAUCGCCUUCAAAAGCAGGUAUCACAGCUGGUGUACGAAAAUGGGUACAUGCGGCAGCAAUUGCAAAACGCAUCUGCAGCAACUACCGAUGGAAGCUGUGAGUCUGUAGUUACCACACCUCAGCAUCCACUUAGAGAUGCGAAUAAUCCCGCUGGACUCCUCUCCAUUGCAGAGGAGACCUUGGCAGAGUUCCUUUCAAAGGCUACAGGAACGGCUGUUGAUUGGGUCCAGAUGCCUGGGAUGAAGCCUGGUCCGGAUUCGGUUGGGAUUGUUGCCAUUUCACACAGUAGCAGUGGAGUGGCAGCCCGAGCCUGCGGUCUAGUGAGUUUAGAACCCACAAAGAUUGCAGAAAUCCUUAAAGAUCGUCCAUCUUGGUUUCGAGAUUGCCGGAGUCUUGAAGCCUUUACCAUGUUUCCAGCUGGAAAUGGAGGGACAAUUGAACUGUUAUACAUGCAGAUGUAUGCUCCAACUACACUGGCUCCUGCACGGGACUUCUGGACUCUGAGAUACACUACAAAUUUAGAAGAUGGCAGUCUUGUGGUCUGUGAGAGAUCAUUAUCUGGUUCUGGUGCUGGCCCAAAUGCAUCAGCCACUUCCCAAUUUGUAAGAGCUGAGAUGUUACCCAGUGGUUAUUUGAUUAGGCCGUGUGAUGGGGGAGGGUCAAUCAUACACAUUGUUGACCACCUAGAUCUUGAGGCCUGGAGUGUGCCAGAGGUGCUGCGACCUCUAUAUGAGUCAUCGAAAGUUGUGGCUCAGAAAAUGACAAUUGCAGCGCUGCGCCACAUCAGGCAGAUAGCACAGGAGACCAGUGGUGAGGUAGUAUAUGGAUUGGGCAGGCAGCCAGCUGUUCUUCGGACUUUUAGCCAGAGAUUGAGCAGAGGAUUCAAUGAUGCCAUUAAUGGAUUUAAUGAUGACGGCUGGUCAUUGAUGAACUGUGAUGGUGCUGAAGAUGUAGUCGUUGCUGUUAAUUCGACCAAGAAUGUGGGAACUGUUGCCAAUCCUGUCAAUGCUCUUCCCUUGCCUGGAGGCAUCCUCUGUGUGAAGGCAUCCAUGCUACUCCAAAAUGUUCCUCCUGCAUUGCUGACCCGGUUUCUGAGGGAGCACCGUUCUGAGUGGGCUGAUUUCAACAUUGAUGCCUAUUCCGCUGUGUCGUUGAAAGCUGGCUCAUACGCUUUCCAGGGAUUGAGAUCCACAAGGUUUUCUGGGAGCCAAGUCAUCAUGCCUCUCGGUCAAACAGUGGAACAUGAAGAGAUGCUUGAAGUAAUUCGACUUGAAGGUCAUGCCCUUGCUCAAGAAGAGGCUGUUCUAUCCAGGGAUAUUCAUCUCUUACAGAUUUGUAGUGGAGUAGAUGAGAAUGCAGUGGGAGCCUGCUCUGAACUUGUUUUUGCUCCAAUUGAUGAAAUGUUUCCAGAUGAUGCUCCACUGCUACCCUCAGGGUUUCGGAUUAUACCGUUGGAUUCGAAAACAAGCGAGACACAAGAUGCAUUGGGUGCACAUCGGACGUUGGAUCUGGCUUCCAGUCUUGAAGUAGGCCCUGCCAUUAACCGGGCGUCUGGAGAUGCUUCUCCAAGUACCUGUAAUGGGCGGUCGGUGCUGACCAUUGCUUUCCAAUUCCCUUUUGAGAACCAUCUUCAGGAUAAUGUUGCAACAAUGGCUAGGCACUAUGUUCGCAGUGUGAUUUCUUCCGUUCAAAGGGUUGCAAUGGCCAUUUCUCCUUCAGGACUUAGCCCACAUGUGGGGCCAAAGUUAUCUCCAGGCUCUCCGGAAGCUCUUACACUUUCUCAGUGGAUCUGCCAGAGCUACAGUUACCAUCUGGGAACAGAAUUGCUGUCUGAUUGCCAAAGUGGUGGUGACUCAGUUUUGAAACAACUCUGGCACCAUCCUGAUGCGAUAUUAUGCUGCUCGUUAAAGACCCUACCAGUUUUCUCCUUUGCCAACCAAGCAGGGCUCGACAUGCUGGAAACCACACUGGUGGCUCUACAGGACAUCACGCUGGAUAAGAUAUUUGAUGAAUCGGGUCGGAAGGCAUUGUGUUCAGACUUCUCUAAGUUGAUGCAACAGGGUUUUGCGUAUCUGCCGCCUGGACUCUGCAUCUCAACCAUGGGGCGCCACAUUUCCUACGAACAAGCCAUUGCCUGGAAAGUUCUUGGGGAGGAGAACACCGUUCACUGUCUCGCAUUUUCUUUUGUCAACUGGUCUUUUGUGUAAAAUAUUAUUUAUUGGUCCAAGCCACACGCAGUAGCGAGAGAAAGAGAAAAAAAGUUUUGUACUAUUUAAUUCAUGUUUACUUUUAGUAUUUUUUUCUUUCCGCAAAAUCCUGGACUCUGUGACCAUGUAGAGUGUGUUUUUCUGGAAACAGAGUAGCAUGGAGAAAAGAAAUCGAAAUUAAUGAACGAAAUGUUAAACCUUUGGUUCAAA